AUGUUGCUUCAGCAAAUUUGUCCAGGAAAAUUUAAUGGUUUUGUUCAAGGUUUGAAUAUUGGUUUAUGGAAUGACACUCGCUACAUUUUAUAUAGUACCUGGGAUAGUCUUGUAAUACAUAAUGGGUUUUUUGAGCAUGUGCAGACUAUAAGCUUAUAUGAGAUUUCUGGGAAUUUACAUAAUCGGAGAGAGAAUCAAAUUGUGUCUGUUGAACUUUCAGAGCACGACGGAAAGAUUGCUGUCACGUAUGAAUAUAGCGUGAUUAUCUUUGAGCCUUAUGCUAUCAAUAAAGGCGCGCAGACGCGAUGGCAACUGCUCACCGUCCUGAAACAUAAUCUUCCUGUACUUUGCACAGCAUGGGACGCGAAUAAUGAAUAUCUAUGGGUGGCUGGCGGAAAUCUAUCAUUAUGGAAAUACAGGACAAACCCCGAUAACAUAGAAAUUGUGGAUUGGUCAAAAAUAUGGGAACAAAAGUGCGUGUCCAAUGCCGCUUAUUCAUUCGCGAAAAUUUCUCCCAGUGUCGCGUCAAAUUUAAUCUUGACAAAGUUGUCACCGGACUGCAGGUUGCUUGCCGUUGCGGGCCAAUAUGAUCGGAACGUAAAGAUUUGGUGGCGCAUUGAUGAUAUUGAUGUUGGUGUCCCGGAGUAUGAUUUUAAUUAUUUAGCGCAUCCACAAACAGUCACGGAUUUUAGAUGGCGAAGAUCAUCUUUAGAUCAAGCAAAUAAUAUUCUUUUGACAAUGUGUCGUGAUGGUAUAUGCCGUAUAUGGGCGGCAACAAAUUCCGAAGAACCUCAGUUUCUAUACAUUUGCACAGUUAUUGAUCCCAGUCAAUUCCUGGUUGCCACUACCGACGAAAAUGGAGACGCGCCCACUAAUGAACCUUCAAAAUUCACACCCAUACAUUAUAUUCAACCAGAUGAAUUUAUAAACGCUGUGAAUUUAGCAUAUUACGCGCUCAAUCUAGAUGUCGAAGCAGAGGAGAAUUAUGCGAGUCGACAAUUAAAACGACUAAAAGAUCUUAUCGUGGAUGAAUCGGAUUUGUUGUAUCAAGUACAGCGGGAUGGAUCCAUGAUUAUUUGGGCAAUACAGCACUUGAAUAGUCGACCUCGUCGUGUUCCCCGAGUUUUCGUGUUGAUGCGCAUGGCGCAGGCUCUUUUGCCAUUAGACGCACCUUAUUUUGAUGGGAUCACUACUGUAUUCCAUGAUCAUCUUGGCUCUAAAGUUAAAUCUUCAAUCAUGCCGGCCGAACUUACCAUCGUGGCUCAGGGUCCUCAUGGUCGAAUUAAUUGUUAUUCUAUCAACUUGACCGACUUCUUUGAUAGUACUCGAUUAACUACGCGAUUGUACUUGAAGAAUUCUUGGACUGGACAUCAUCAUGACAUUAAAUCAAUUAUCAAAGCGCCGGGACUAAAUAAUAUAGUGUCGAUAUCUAAUAAUGGCGAAGUGAUUAUAUGGGCAAUUGAAACUCCACGUGUAUGCUUUGGUUUACGUGUAAAUCAUGGGAUUGUUGAAAAAUCCCCUAUUUGCUUGGAUUCUGUUAUUAAAUUAGUUUGUUUGCUUCCUGGAGGGGAGCUUUUAGCAGCAUAUGACCAACGAGAAAUAGUUCUCUUCUCAACAAAUAAUCCAGAUGAACAUGCUCAUGCAAUUUCCCGUUUUGAGAAUUAUGAUUCAGCAUACGAGCUUUCCUUAUUAUUUUCGUUUCCUCAACAUCAGAAUACUUUUUCAGAAAACAAUGUAUCAUAUGUUGCUGGGGUAAGCAUGAAGCAAAAUACAGUUUUUUGUUGGCAAGUCAUACAUAAUGGUCAAGGUGAGCUUGCAUUAUCUGUAAACAGCAUUAUCAUUUCGAAACCUAUAAGUCGGUCAACAUCUCUUCCAAUCACCUGUGAUAUAUCCAUGGUUGUUUCGGUUGGUCAAUGGGCUGGAGCCUAUUCAAGUUGUCAUACACAUUCAAAAGAUUCGAAUCCACCAGUACUUUUGACUUUUUGCGAUGACGGAUUAUUAACGUACUGGCGUUUUGAGUUUAUGGCAGAUAACGCUGCCAAUAAUGAUACAGAAUCUUCAAAGGAUAUUUGGUCGGUUAGUCUUCAAGUUAGCAUUGAUCAAAAACGGCUUGCACUCAUUAAAUGUGGACCCAAUGAUCGAGUAGCACUCGUAAAUGAGUCUAGAAAUGAAAUGUCUAUUUGGGAAUCGAUUACCCCACGUAUAGCUGCUACCAAAGAAUAUGUUGUAGAAUCUAGCGACCCAAUAGUUGAUGUCGAUUGGCUAUUCACUUCUAAUGCUGAACUUGUUGUAGCUGUUGCCACUGCACAAAAAGUCACGAUCCAUACACAGCUACGAAAAUACGAUGUAUCAGUUCGAUCAUCAGGAAUUUUGAUUUCUCAAAUUGAUAUGCCAUUAAUGCUGCCGGAACCUAUCACGGCUUUAUCGUGGAGUUCAAGUGGUACAUUGGUAAUAUCAACUGGAAAUCAAUUACGUUGUUAUAGAAAAUGGUUGAGUGAAGAUAGUUUUCAACAAGUUUCGCGUAUAACUGGCGUCAACGAUAGAUUCCCGACUUUAUUUCAUAUCGUUGAUCAUUUAAAUGGGCCACUACCACAUCAUCAUCCGACUCUUCUUCUUCAAUAUUUGUUAUGGGGGAAAAUGGACCUCGUUAAGCAAAUUCUGGCAUAUCUUUAUAAUUAUCUUAAAAUCAUGAAAGACGCGGAUCAACAAGUCACGCACAUUCUUCCUGUUCCUUUUGACAAAUUGUUUGAUUACGAGCCCGAGCCAACUCCUCAAAAAGUUCGCUAUAGUCUUCUCUUCGAUUCUGAUAGUGAAGAAGAAGGUUCAUGGGAUGAUAGACUCGAAUUCACAGAUAAAGCGGCAGAAUUUCUUAGUGAGCAGCUUAUGCAUGUCUCUUUACCGGAUCUUUCGAAUAUUGAACAGGCCCAAUUACUUGCUUUGGUUCAUACAAUUGUUCAGGUAGAAAGUCAAAAAAGAAGUUUAGAUGAAAAUGGUGUCAGAUAUGUGAUCUUUAUGCGUCGAUAUCAUUAUUUGCAACAUGCGACAAUGCUAAGUUCGUUACGCGCGCCUGGAUUAAGUUAUCGUGACAUGAUUUGGGCUUUGCACAGUGAAUCUCAGGAUUUGCUGCUCGAGUAUAGCAUAAGUGCUUCCGGCGGCAGCUUUUUAUGGAAAGACGCCAGAGAUCAUGGAAUUUUUUUAUGGCUUAGUAACAUUGACACAGUGCGUCAACAAAUGGAAAUUGUCGCAAGGAACCAAUACAUGGCCAAAGAAGAACGAGAUCCAACUGAUGCUGCGUUAUUCUAUAUGGCACUAAGAAAAAAGAAAUUAUUGUUAGCGCUAUGGAGGACCGCUAAUCAUCUUAAAGAGAAAAACAAGACCAUGCAAUUCCUUGCAAAUGAUUUUGAAGAGCCGCGAUGGAAGACGGCUGCGCUGAAGAAUGCAUAUGUUUUAUUAGGGAAACAGCGUUAUGAAUAUGCCGCCUCGUUCUUUUUACUUGGAGAUCAUUUAAAAGAUGCAGUGAAUGUUUGCUUGAAACAUCUGGAUGACUUCCAAUUAGCAGUUGCUAUAUGCAGAGUAUAUGAAGGUGAUGAUGGCCCUGUUUUGAAGAGUGUCAUACAAGAGCAUAUCAUUCCAUUGGCCAUACGGACAAAAGAUCGUUGGCUUGCACACAUGGCUUUUUGGAUAAUGAACCAGAGGGAUCUAGCAUUACAAGCUACAAUGAUGCCUCUCGAACAACUCUACGAAAAGGAGCUCAAAGAAUCAAAUGUUUCAGAUAGUCUAGAAACUCAAGAUGCAGCAUUAAUCGUUUUAUACAAGCAAUUAAAAGAAAAGUCAAUACAAACCUUAAGAGGCGCUGCCCAAAUAUCCGCAGAAACAGAAUAUUCUUUAGUUCUUCGUACAAUCUUUGCGUAUGAACGUAUGGGAUGUCCUUUAUUGGCCUUACACGUCUUAAAGACGUGGAUAUUCACGUUCGAGCCUGCUUCAAGAACACCUGCAAAAAUAUUUCAUAGUCGCAAAAGGACUACCGUGAUUGAUGUCCCGUUACCGAGUGACGAUGACCCUAUUUCUAAAGGUGUCGUGAGUUUCGAUGAGUGGGGAUGGGAUAUGUCUGUAGCAGCCACUUCGACUACUAAAGAUCAAGCCGAGGAUAUUUUUUCUGAAGACCCGCAGUUAAUUUCAUCAACUACUAAUCAGUCGAAAACAACAGAAGACAUAUUUGCGAGUCAAUCAAAUGGUUUGUUAUGGAAAAGAACUAGUUCUUAUCGAUCAAAUCCUAUGGACAUUUUUGCAGAGGAGAGUUCGAAAAUUAGCUCGACAGAAAAUACGGAAUUAUCAACUAUGACGCUAUUAGAUGAUAAAAAUCUCAGUACCUAUAAAUUCACUUUGGUGAAACGAUUGUCACAGCAAGUUCUAGAUGGUGCUAGCAUUAUUGCCCAAUAUUCGUCAUUGUUUAACAAGAGCUCACUCUAUCGUGAUUAUCUUGAUCGACUGCACCAAGGACUAAAGACUAUUUGCGAUGCCGUAAACAUGCCUAUAAAAGACUUUGAAGAGACCCUCGUUUCAUAUCCUUUAAUCUUUUGA